UUGUAGAAUCACAGAGGCUAAUUUCCGUGUUGGCAAUUAAUGGCCGAACCCAGUGGCCUAUUUAUUAACUCAUGACUACAAACAAUGCCGACUAAAUAUUAAUCGUCUAAAGUUGCAAAUGCAAUCAUGUAGCCACAGAAGGAAGGCAGCCUCACAAAAGCAUAAUAAUUGUCAUGACAGAUUAUUUACUUGAUGGAAACAAACAGCAUACAGAUUGCAGCAAGCAAUGGAAGGAAGGCAGGUUGCUGGAAACAGCACUCAGACAUCUGCUCUUGCUGUUGGACUUAAUGGCUCGGUGCUUCUCUCUAACUAUAUUGGUUCUUCAGAUAAUCACCCUGGUGGUUUGAAUUUGAUUGACCUUCCGCUGUCUUUAUCAGCUUUUAAUGGCUACCAGUCCAACAUCACUUUAGGAAAUUCUGAAGAUUUAAUAGUAAAUUUCCCUCUGAAUGGGUUAUCUGAUGGUGGCAUUUAUAAAAUGUCUGAUAACAGCUACAUAAACUCUUCUGACUUAAUGUCUAAGAGAGACAGCAAAUCCCCAUUAAACAUCCUGGUAUCUUCAGACAGUUUGCACAUUCAAGGACAGAAUAGCCCUGUCAUCACAUCUCAGUCGAGCAUGCAAUCUCUACAUUUUCACUCCGUUGUGAGUGGGGGAGACAAGAUGCUCAGUGCUGUCAACAGUCUUAAUUUCAAUGAUCCUGAACUUCUAGGGGACUCUGCCUUUGACUCCACUUCCUCGAGUGGCCUUCCCCAGUUUGAUGAUGGCUUACUUUCCAGUCUGGGCUCAGGGAGUCAAGGUCUGCGGCUAGGAGAUGGAACUAGUGGGACAUCAUUUGACCUUUUUGAUGGGGGUGUCACAGACAGCUUGUCAUUGUCACCUCAGCCGUUCCAUGAAGCAAGUCUAAUGGCAGACUCAACAUCUUCUGUCUUAGAUACAGGCUUAUUGCAGCAUCAAAGUGAUUUAGACGAUGCUGUCAAGUCACCAGACAAGAAAGGUUCUAGCAGUAACCUAAUUACUGCCGAUCCAUCUGCCCUGUCUAAGUUUGGGCCUUCACAGUGCCCAGCUUGUGGCAAAACUUUCAGUAACAUUGGUGCUCUGGCUAAACACAAACUGACUCACUCGGACGAGCGCAAAUAUGUGUGCAAUGUUUGCUCCAAAGGAUUCAAGCGUCAAGACCAUUUAAAUGGUCAUCUCAUGACUCACUUAGAUAAGAAACCCUAUGAAUGUCAACUACCUAGCUGUGACAAAGGUUACUGCGAUGCACGCUCAUUACGGCGACACUUGGAGCAGCACCAUCAUCUGGAUCCUCAGACCAUUCAAGGUCAUGUCCAGGCAAGCAUGGCUGCUGCAGGAAUCUCCCCACCUGUCCCUCGCAAUGGUAGCAAGAAACAUGCAGAGGGACGUGGCAAGCAGAUUAACUCCCCUGUAUAUAGCCCUGGCUCAGCAACUCCAACCCCAAGUCCAGGUGCUGUUGGGGCUGGAGGCAAUGUGUUUCACUUUGAUGCCCAACAACUGAAGAACAGCCAACAGCAACAGGAGUUACUUGUACAGCAAAUACAUCAGCAGCAAAAACUUCUUCUGCAACAACAAAAAAAGCAAAAGGAAGAGAAAAGUAAAGAGCAAGCAGCUGAGACAGUUUCUCAACAGUUGCAGUUUCAACUCCAGCUACAACAGCAGAAACAGCAACAGCCUGCAGACAUGCUGACUGUUAUCCAACAGGUGCAGCAGAUUCAUCAGCAGCAGCUGGAGGCUCAAAAGAAGAAAGCUGCAGCUGAAAAGGAAUCCCUGGCCUCCUCAGCAGGCCUUAUUUCCAAUCCACAUGAAUCUCCAAUGGCAUGGGAAAAGGCUGGAGUAUACAACUUUGUGGGCACUCCCAAUUCCACUGAACAUUCGCCUACUGCACGCAACGACCAAUCUCCCAGUGGGCUUGUUUUAGCCAGUGAAUUACCCACUCGCAGCCCAGUAUCCCCAGCUAUUGCCCAGCCCAUUAGUCCCUUGACCAGUCCAGCCAGCCGAGCAUUGUGGUACAGCACAUCUCCAGACACUACAACAUCGAUCAAAGGGGAUGACCAACCCAAGACCCAAGCAUAUUGUACCACUUGCGACAGAUAUUUCAAAAAUGCUGCAGCAUUAAAUGGUCACAUGAGAUGUCAUGGUGGAUUUCUAAAAAAGGGCAAAGAAAAAGAGGGUAAGAAAUCUCCUAUGAGGAAGUCCUCUGGCUCCACUUCAGAUAUGGGUCCUCCUCUCAGAAGACCACCCCACACUUCAACACCAUCCCCACAACCAGCCAUUGCUCGAACAUCUCCCACAACACCUACGUCCAUCACCUUCUCUCCCACACCGCUGACCCCAGGACAGGCUAACAAUGACCAAAUGAAUGCAAUAGAUGUGAUGAAUGUUGGAUCUCCUUCGGAUCAACUUAUGCAAAAUUUUACAAUCAAGACAGAAGGGGGCAUCCUUGUCAAGACAGAAGGGGGCAUCCUUGUAAAGACAGAAGGGGGCAUCCUUGAAUCAGCUCUUCCUCAACAAAAACAUAAACAUUUGCAAGAGCAGCUGUCUUCUCACAUUCUAAAAAGAAGGAUGUCAGAGGAGCAACAGCAACGACGCCAACAGAAAGCACCACAGCAUUACCAGCAGCCAAUGCGCUUUUUGGAGGAGCAAAUCAAGGCACAGCAGCAGCAACAACAACUUCAAGAGCAUUCCCAACAAAAUAUGCAGUUUCUUUCUGGACAACUUGUUGCUGAUUCAACUGGAUCUUUGGCAAUGGAAUCUAUGCCAUCACGAACAGCUUCACCACAUCAAGGGGAGAGAAUACAGAAACUAGUGCAAAGUUUUCAGCAAGUGGAAGAGCUUCAGAGACAGCAGCAACAGCAGGCUGAGUUACCACAGAUAAGUGCGGAGCAAUUGGAACAGAUCAGACAGGAGCACCAACUCUUAGGGCUUCCACCUCUUAACACACAGCAGCUCCAGUAUCAGCUGCAAGAGCAGCAGAACCAGCUCUUGCAGGCACAGAUCAGAGAGCAGCAGCUGCAGGAGCAACAACUACAGGGUCACAUGCUUAUGACCCCAACCUCACUGUCUCAACAAGGGCUCCUGCAGCAGCUGGGCAGCAGCCAGAUUACAACCACACCGGUCAGCAUGACCAUCAGCUCUCCCCCCAUGAACCAGCAGACCUUAGUGCAGCUCAGCAGUCCUGGGCAGGAACCCCAGGAUUCAAGGACGAACCUGCCAUCCCAGAUUGCUUUGAACACCUCUGUGCAACAGAUACUGGCUACCUUAGACCCAUCUGUGGUCUGCGCCGCAGGAAUCAACCAUCAACACCUGCUUGUUCAGCUUCAGAAACAGCAGCAGCAGUUGCAGCAAACACAGGAGCUGAUGGGUCUUCAGGUUCAGUCUCCCAUUGGUGGGCUAGCCAUGAAUAACCAAACAUCAGGGAUCAUCACUGGCCUGCACAUCAGCCAAAUUCCACAAAUCCUGCUCCAGCCCCCUGACUCAGAUGACAUGAAUGGGGUGCCGACUCUAUCCAUCCCAGAGUCUGUGGUGCUGGGUAGUGAUGCAGGCUCAGUUUUGCAGGGCAGUGCUCUGGAAUCAGAACAGGAACAAAUCAAGAGGAUUCAGAAUGGCCUGAUGGCUAGUGUAGAAAAGCAGCAGCAUGAAUCAUUGGUGGCUGCACUCAACCACCCCAGCAUGGUUCAGUCAUUGACUUCUGGCUCUCUAGGGUCUACCAGUUUAGAUCAGACAGUUAUACCAAACUUCCUUAAUAUUCAAGUACCACUAAGCUCACAGUCCGACUACAGCCAGCUCAGGGACAGUUUAACUCAAGGCAGCAGUGAGAGUGUUCAGCAGGAUCCUAGUUCCUUCCUCAGUGUGAUACCGUCACCCUCUCCCCCAACGCUUACUCCUGCAACAUCUACUACCUCCUCUGCCAUGUCUCGCAACACAGAUGCUGCUGUUGCCCAGAUUCUCAAAAACAUCAACAACAGCUUAGCAGAAAAUAUGUUGCUGUCCUCUUCGGAUAACUCAGACAUCGGCUCCCGUAGUAUCUUUGGCAAUUCUGGCAUGGAUAACACUCUUGAGCGCCCCCCUUCAUAUAACUCAUUUGAAGGUGGUUACUCCCCCUUUUCCAAAACAUUUAAAGACUCAAUUAAGCAGGAUGUUAUGCUAUCAUCCACCGUCACCACCGAUCAUGUGAAUAACCACUCUUUCUCCAGUGACUUUUUGACAAAGGACACUUCACUUUAUUCCUCCAAGACGGCAAAGACUUCUUACAAUGGCCAAGGCAACAAAAGACGCCUGUCAGCAGAUUUGGAGUUACACCGCAGAAACUCCUCUAUUUCUUCUAUUCUCAACAAGCCCCAUGUGUCUAUGUCAAAUGUGCAGACAGUCAUGUCUAGCCCACUUGAGGCAGAUAGUCUAAAUUCUGGUAGAGUCCGCAUGCGCAGCAAGUCAGGGGAUAUACACUACAAAUAUGUACGGUCAAAGAGCGUUGACCAGGCUCCCAUGCGUCCUCGCAGUCUGACAGAGGAAUCUCUGUACAGGUCAAAUAAACUCAUGGAUGAAACCUUUAUCAAGGGUGGGAAACCACAUGGUCAAGAAAACAUGUUUUCAUGCUCUGAUGGAGCUGGGGUGUUUCGAAAUCCUGGUUCCUUGCCUAGUCCUUUCAAAAUCAAGCGCAAGCACAGGCCAGCACCUUUGUAUAUACCUCCUCAGUUUGGUAUGUUCCACAGCAGACUUCGAUCUCCCCGAGUCAUUCACAAGGAGACUCAUAUCUCCACAGAGAGGGGCAAAGGUCACACCCCUCCUCCUUAUACUCCACCACCAAUGUUAAGCCCAUUUCGAAGUGGCUCUGGAUUAUUUUGUACACUACAAUCAGCUCAACCUCAGACCCCAAGAUCUGCUCCAGUUUCAGGCAAAGUGCAGCUCAUUCGCAGGGGCAGCUUGGGCAGUGGCAAAGCAGACAUUGGUUUGGAAUUAUUUGCAGAGCAGACAUUGGAAGUUGAGCCUGUACCAGAAACUGACACUGAAGCCCAUAUUAAUGUGGGCGCAGAUUUUCAAGCUGUACUUCCAGUGCUAAGGGACAAAAGCAAAGCUUAUUUUUUUACCCCAGUGGAUGACAAAAAGAACCUUCUCUGGGAACCUUCUUCUGAAGGAGAGAAUACAGAUGCCCAGUUGCAAUGCUACCAAGAUUUUUCCUGCAGUGCUGCUGUUAAGGGCAAUGGUUGUAAUGUGGAGUAUGCUCUUCACUUGUUACAUCUGGCUCAUGGAAAUAUUAGUGAUGCUAUGUUAAUGUUGAUGGCUGACCCGCCUGAGUUACCUAUAGACCACCCAAUGAUAGAUUAUAAAUACCAAGAAUCUGACUCAUGGAAUUCCAAUGAGAUGGAAAAGUUCUACAAGUCCAUUAUGGUUCAUGAUAAAGAUUUUUUUAAAGUAGCUAAAGAUGUUGGAACAAAGAAUGUCAAACAGUGUAUUCAGUUUUACUAUGUGUGGAAGAAAGUCUGUCCAGAUGAUUAUAAACGCCUGCGGCACUCACGCAACAAACAGGGGGAGUACAAUACCCGCAAGCAGGCAGAGAGGGCUGCAGCACAGGCAUCUGUGGAGAAAGCUGUUGUGGCCGAGGCUAUAGCUCAGAAUCAGAACAUGGUUGCAGCCUCCAGAGAGACAAUAAGUGAGGAGAACAUGGAGGCUUUUGACUCUGAUAACACCAGCUUCUUGUCUGACAACGAUGACGUCAGCAUAGCUCCAGAUAGUAUACAAAGUACGGCUACUAACACAGCCAGCUCGUCCCCUGCUCACCUGGUUGACUCCCCCAACCCACUCCCACCUCCCCAGUUUCACUGUACAGCUGAAGGCUGUAAUGUGGCAUGCUCCUCCAAGCAGAGUCUCAAGAGACACAUGCGUAAACAUCUAGACAAAGCACAGUCCAGUCCUAGUGCACCCCGCAAGCCUCGUCCAAGCACACCUAGUCGUUCCCCUGUUUAUGACAAAUUUGGGGAGGAAAUAUUUCCUUGCAGGCUCUGUGGCAGGGUGUUUGCUAAGGUCAAAAGUCGCAGUGCUCACAUGAAGAGCCACAAGAUAGCGGAGCAGGCUCAGAUAGAGAAAAAAGCCGCAGAAAUAGCAGCAGCAAAUCCUUCUUUUGGUACCACUUAAACAUAGCUAGCUUACUUCAAAACAAGCUUAUUGAAAAAAUCCAAAAGAUAGUCGCCAUCCAUGGUGAUGUCCCCUACACUAUAACCGCUGAUGCAGAGAAAUUGAAAAUGCAUGCUAGCAAUGUUGCUGCCAGUGAUGUAACAGGCUUAGCUCAGAAAGACAGGGAUUUAAAAAGAAGAUUCUUCAUCACACAGAUCUGGAGGUUGCUUUUUGUAUCCAAGUGGUUUUUGUUGACCCUAAGAUUGAAAUGUCAGUUCAAUGUGUUUUGGAUGAAAUGAACCCUCUUUAUUAACGCAUAUGCAUUUUUAUUUUAGCUAAACAUGUACUGAGUGGAAAUACUUGUAUCUGUUUCAUUGCUAUUGAUACAUUUUUAGUUACAUCUAUCAAGAUGGCCAGCUUUCACCAACAUCUGUAAACUACUUAGGGGUUAUUCAAGUGAAAGGUCAAAGAAGAUUUUCAUUUGUUUUCUCUUGCUCAAUGUCUUCAACUGUUUGUCUUCAUAUUUAACUUCUGUGCAAAAACUGUAGCUGGACGUAUUUAUGUUUCAAAAAUCCCACACACCUCUAGCCUUCAAAGUGUUGGCUAGGUCCAACUUGCUAGGCUGAGUCUUACAAUGUGAGAUUCAAUUGUGUUGAGCUAAGCUCUUGUCAGGGUGCAGACUAUCACUUCUGAAUGUCUUGUUUCAUCUCAUUCUUGUAGCAGCAGACAGAAGGGCAUCUUUGGACUGGAACCUUUGAGCACAUUAACACUGGAUUCCACUUUUAUUUUUAGUUGGAAAUGUUUUGCUAACGUGUGGAAUAUCUCUAGUUUUAACGCAUUGUAACCACAAAAAGAUGUCAUAAGUUCUUUGUUGUGUAAAUGGGCAGCAGACUGGUCACAUACUGGUUCACAGACUUGACUUCAGCUUUCUUAAGAUAGUUCAUGAAUCCAUUUAGUUGACUCCCCUUAGCACGCUGAAGCUGCAGGAGUAGUUGUGCAUGUAUACUGCAAAAUGGGUAUGUCAACAUUAGGAUUGGCCAGGAGUCUUGUCAUAGAGUUGACAUAUUAUUGUUGUUGUAUUAUCUGAACCUAGUCCUUAGUGACUGUUUUUUUCUUUGUGUUUUAUUGAGUGUAAACAUGGCUAGUGGUUUCUUUCUUUAGUUCAUGUAGUGUUGUUCUUAUUCAACAUGGAUUUAUAUCAGAUUCAUUAUCCAUCAAAAUUUGGUUGGUGGCUGUGCAAUGGAAUUAGUUUUUUAUGUUUCUAAACAAAUUAGUUUGGAAUUAGUUUUUUAUGUUUCUAAACAAAUUAGUUUCAUAUAUACAAUUUAUAUUGCAAUAUUUAUCCUGGGGUAACAUUUUAUACUUCUAUAACAAAGAGUAAAAACAAAAAAAAUUGAAAUCUUUCUUAAGCUUCUUUGUUACAAAAAUAUUUAUUUAAAAUAAAACUUUACAAUUGAAAUGUGAUUGUAUAUUUAAAACCCCUUUCGUUUCUCAAAAUGGAGACAUUUCACAAAUUGCAUUUCAGUUUGUUGCUGUUUUGUUGUGCACUGGCUUGUCUUGACUGUAGAUAAUGUUUUUGUAACCUCUUUUACUUGUAUGCAUAAUAAAAGUCUCUACCACCAUCCCAAAUCAUGGGAUUUACUCAAAGACUUUCCCUCUUAACUUUCUGACCAAGUUCAUCAUAGCCUUGUUUUUGUCAUUUUGUAGGACCAUUGGCCUGGGGUGAAUAUUUUGUUUUUGGAGGGGGAAUGAGGACACAAUGAAAAUUGACUGAUAGUUGGGUGAAUGUUUCAGAUUGUUGGAUAACAAUUCUAACUUUGAAUUGAUCCUUGUAUACUAUUUGUUAUAUGAGUGUUACUUCACUUGAUUGAAAUUGUAUGUCAACUUUAUUUGGUUUUCAAAACUGUUUUACGUAUAGGUUCUGCUUCUCUCAUUCCCCCCCCCCCCCCCCC